AUGUUGGUAAAUUAUACUUUAUUCCAAUUUGUGUCCAAAUACAGCAGUAACUAUACUUUCGCAUACGCCUGGCCAACAAUUGAACUUCCAGAACGGAGUUUUAACCCAAUAUUAAGUUGGCAGGAGGUUUCGAGAAGAAAAUCUACGGGCGAUGAACUGGCCCAACUUCCCAACGGAAUGAUACAUGAUGAAGAUAUAAUUCCUGGUCAUUCUGCUGUAAACAGCCAUGGGGAUAUUGUUGUUGGAAAAAAGCCUUACAACAUCAAGAUCAUAGCGAAGACUGGUGAAAGCAAGGUGGUCAAUUUACCUGAACCCAGUGAAUGUAAAGUUAUCAAGCAACAUAUAGCAGGACUUGCAGUCGAUAAGAACAACAAGGUAUACGUGGUGAGAAAGUUUCAAACACGUACAGAAAAUGGCGAUGUGGAAAGUUUCGUGCUGGAUGUACUGGACGAGAACUACAAUGAAAAGCUGAACUCGCGCAAAUUGGAAUAUCUCCAAGCAACAAGAUAUUAUGAUGUGAUGAUCGCUAUAACCAAGAACAAUAAUAUCGUCAUGAUCCAAUACGGUGAUCCCCAGGUGUAUAUCUGUGACAAUAGUGGGAAAUUAAAGCACAAGUUUGAACGAGGCUCACGUUUUCCAUGCUUGGGUAUUUCUGGCCAGGAUGAAAUCAUGGUAUCAUCAGACGACGACCAGACUGUGGAAAUAUACUCCGAGAAAGGAAAUCUGAAGUUAACAAUAGAACUACCAGAAGGUCACUCGGUCAAUGGUGUGGCAUUUCACUAUGCCAUUUGUAAAAUAAUUGUCUUAACCUAUGUCGAGGGAAACGAUUCCAAUUUCCUUCUGUGCUACACUGAAGCAGGUGAACUGGAGACCACAACCUUCUUUUCUAAGAGAAUUGGCGUUGAAUAUUGGCUCAUAAUUAAUUCUCAUCCAAGUGGUGCUGUUGCUAUUAUAAGGAAUACAUGCAUAAUUUUCAUUGGAAUGAAUAACUAUCUACGUAUUCGAACAGUAUUAUAG